AUGGAGAAGUUGAUAUUCGAAAGGCCCUUUUUUCCGCCUAAGGAUGAAAUGCCUACGGUUCCUUCGCAGGAGAAGCCAGAUACAAAUUCAUGCCCUCAUACACCUGGCAAAAACUGUGUCUCUGGUGAGAGGAACAAUGGGAACUGCAAAGCUAAUGAGAAGGAAAGGGAGUGGAUCCGCCCUGAUACACCUAGCAAAUGUACGUGGAAGCUUGGGCAACCCCUCUCUGCCUCUCCCCAUCGUCAUACUACUCUGCCAGAGCCUCUGAAAAUCCUGCCAAGCAUCCUGGAUAAAGUUGGCAAUACACCUCUGGUGCGAAUCAACAAGAUUGGGAAGCAGUACGGGCUCAAGUGUGAACUCUUGGCAAAAUGUGAGUUCUUCAAUGCUGGGGGCAGUGUGAAGGACCGUGUCAGCCUGAGGAUGGUAGAGGAUGCUGAGAAGGCUGGGAUCUUGAAGCCUGGGGACACAAUCAUAGAGCCAACCUCUGGAAACACAGGAAUCGGGCUGGCCUUGGCUGCAGCAGUGAAGGGUUACCGCUGUAUCAUUGUGAUGCCAGAGAAAAUGAGCAUGGAGAAGGUGGAUGUCUUGAGAGCGCUGGGUGCUGAGAUUGUGAGGACCCCAACUACUGCUAGGUUUGAUUCUCCUGAAUCUCAUGUGGGAGUAGCAUGGAGACUGAAAAAUGAAAUCCCCAAUGCACACAUACUAGACCAGUAUCGUAAUGCCAGCAACCCCUUGGCACAUUAUGACACCACAGCCGAAGAGAUCCUGCAGCAGUGUGAAGGAAAAAUAGACAUGCUGGUGGCUACGGCUGGCACAGGAGGUACUAUCACUGGCAUCUCCAGAAAGCUAAAGGAGAAAUGUCCAGGUUGCAAAAUUAUAGGUGUUGAUCCUGAAGGCUCCAUCCUUGCCACACCAGAAGAACUGAACAAGACUGACAAGACAAUGUAUGAAGUGGAAGGAAUUGGAUACGAUUUUGUCCCCACAGUGUUGGAUAGAUCUACAGUGGACCAGUGGUACAAGAGCAAUGAUGAGGAAUCGUUUGCUUUAGCACGCAUGCUGAUCCGAGAGGAAGGACUGCUGUGUGGUGGCAGCUCAGGCAGUGCCAUGUCUGUAGCUGUGAAGGCAGCCAAAGAGCUGAAGGAAGGUCAGAAAUGUGUUGUUAUCCUCCCUGACUCUAUCAGGAACUAUAUGUCCAAGUUCUUGAGUGAUAAAUGGAUGAUUCAGAAAGGGUUCAUGAAAGAAGAAGAUCUUGGGAAAAAACCUUGGUGGUGGAACAUCAGUGUUCAGGAACUAAGCCUCUCUGCUCCCCUGACUGUGCUUCCAACUGUUACCUGUGCAAAGACUAUUGAAAUUCUCCGGGAGAAGGGAUUCGACCAGGUACCAGUUGUUGAUGAAUCUGGGGUGAUUUUGGGCAUGGUUACCCUGGGUAACAUGCUUUCUUCACUGCUUGCUGGAAAAGUUCAGCCUUCUGAUGAAGUCAGCAAAGUAAUCUACAACCAAUUUAAACAGAUUAACCUGAAAGACAGCUUGGGGAAACUCUCUCAUAUCCUGGAAAUUGACCACUUUGCUCUAGUGGUUCAUGAACAAAUUCAAUAUCACACUGACGGUUCCUCCAGUAAGCGGCAAAUGGUGUUUGGCAUCGUUACAGCCAUCGACAUGCUUAACUUUGUGACCGCACGAGAACGGGAAAGAAAGUUCACGUAAAGACAAGCGGCAG